GCGGCGGGAGGGCGGGAAAGCGCGCGUCCUCCCGCCCCGCGCGUCGCGCGCGCUCUGACGUCAGCCGCCCGGCGCGCGCGAUGGUGGCGGGCGCGUUCCCGCUGGCGAAGCUGCUGACGCUGGGCGCGCGCCAGCUGAGCCGCCCCCUGGCGGCGCGCAUCAAGGCCGGGGCGCGCGCGAGCCCCUUCUUCCGCACGUGCAUCUGCCUCCCCCCCGCGCAGCUGUACCACUGGGUGGAGAUGCGCGCCAAGAUGCGGUUGAUGGGCUUCCGCGGCGCCACCGUGAAGCCGUUGAACGAGGAGGCGGCGGCGGAGCUGGGGGCCGAGCUGCUGGGCGAAGCCAUCGUGUUCGGCGUCGGGGGGCUCUGCCUCUACCUCGAGUACGCGCGGCAGGCGGCAGCCACCCGGCGCCGGGAGGAGGAGCAGGCGGCCGCCAUGCGGGACCUGCGCGACCGCCUCGACCGCCUGCACCACGAGGUGGAAGCCUUGGCGGGAAACAGGCCGCCUGGACACGCCCCCGACGGGCAAAGCCACGCCCCCAAUGGGCAAAGCCACGCCCCCUCGUCGGGCUCGAACCCGCGCCCCGGUGGCUCAAGCCCCGCCCCUGGUGGCUCAAGCCCCGCCCCUGGUGGCUCAAGCCCUGCCCCUGGCGGCUCAAGCCCUGCCCCUGUAGGGUCUAACCCCGCCCCCGUAGGCUCUAACCCCGCCCCCUCCGGGGAUGGCCACGCCCAUUAAAAUGUGGUUGGUGCUCA